AUGACUGACAAUGCGUCUCUGGAGAACAGACCAUGCGGGUCUCCUUGGAUGGAACAACCCAAAAUCCGCCGCAGAAAGCCUCCCAGCCGACCCCCUGGUCAUUCAAACCACGUUUCUCAGCCGUGGUGGGACUGGGACUCGAUCCACUGGAAUCAGCUCGAUAGUGGGCCGACGCCUAAACGGCAAUAUCAUAUUGUCAAUUGA